GCGGGAAGGCUGUGCGCCGCCCGCUCCUCCCCGCCCCGCCCCCUCCCCCGCCACCACCUCCGCCUCGGCCCUGAAGGGGGCUGGAUGGGCGAGUUGGGCGCGAUGGCUCGAGCCCGGGCGGCGGCGGCGGCGGCCGGAGGCGGCGGCGCCUCCUCCUCCUCCUCCUCCUCCUCCUCCUCCUCCUCCUGCUGCUCCUCGCCCCGGCGCCGGCGGUGAUCCGAGCGAGCGGCCGCGGCCCCCGAUGAGACUGCUCGUGGGCUGGCUGUGCCUGAGCCUGGCGUCCGUGUGGCUGGCGCGGAGGAUGUGGACGCUGCGGAGCCCGCUCACCCGCUCCCUGUACGUGAACAUGACGAGCGGCCCCGGCGGGCCGGCGGCGGCCGCGGGCGGCAGGAAGGAGAACCACCAGUGGUAUGUGUGCAACAGAGAGAAAUUAUGUGAAUCACUCCAGGCUGUCUUUGUUCAGAGCUACCUUGACCAAGGAACACAGAUCUUCUUAAACAACAGCAUUGAGAAAUCGGGCUGGCUAUUUAUCCAAUUAUAUCACUCUUUCGUGUCAUCCGUUUUUAGCCUGUUUAUGUCUAGAACAUCUAUCAAUGGGUUGCUAGGAAGAGGCUCAAUGUUUGUGUUUUCACCAGAUCAGUUUCAGAGACUGCUAAAAAUUAAUCCAGACUGGAAAACCCACAGACUUCUUGAUUUAGGUGCUGGAGAUGGAGAAGUCACAAAAAUCAUGAGCCCUCAUUUUGAAGAAAUUUAUGCCACUGAACUGUCUGAAACUAUGAUAUGGCAGCUUCAGAAGAAGAAAUACAGAGUGCUUGGUAUAAACGAGUGGCAGAAUACAGGGUUCCAGUAUGAUGUCAUCAGCUGCUUGAAUUUGCUGGACCGCUGUGAUCAGCCCCUGACUUUGUUAAAAGAUAUCAGAAGUGUCUUGGAGCCAACUAGAGGCAGGGUCAUCCUCGCCCUGGUUUUACCCUUUCAUCCCUAUGUGGAAAACGGUGGCAAGUGGGAGAAACCAUCCGAAAUUUUAGAAAUCAAGGGACAGAACUGGGAAGAACAAGUGAACAGUCUGCCGGAAGUUUUCAGAAAAGCUGGUUUUGUUAUCGAAGCUUUCACCAGAUUACCAUACCUGUGUGAAGGCGACAUGUACAAUGACUACUACGUUCUGGACGACGCUGUCUUUGUUCUCAAACCCGUAUAGACACGUGGAGGCCCGAGUCUUCAGAGCCCACCCUGAGAAUGUACACUCCAGAAGAGGGUCUGCGUUUGCGAUUACGUGAAAGGGGGGACCUUUGGGGACCGCCGUUCUGAAUAUCAUGUAGGAAUUUAAAAAGCCAAAAUACUAAUUAUUUCUUUGUAGUGUGUAAAAGGAAUGUUUCUAAAAAAACAAAACCCAACUCUUUGAGGAUUUUUAUCAACUCUUUACUCAGUCUACAGGUCACACUCCCAAGUAUGGAAGAUAUUUUUUAUACUUCAUUACAGUAGGGACUCAUUCCCAGUCAAAGCAAUAGUCACGACGUCACAUGGAACCAAUAAAUAUGGAUUGUUUUUAAUAAAGUGAAGACUGGCAAUAAAGCUGUCCGUUCAGUUGCAAAUAUUUGGUUAUAAAAGGUAUAGCCACUGAUAUUCUUUCAUGUUUAGAAAUUCUUUCUGUUAUUCAAAAAAUGUUUUUAAUCAUGCUAAUAAACUUUUUUGGAGAUGACUCUGGCAUCAUGUUUGAGUUAAUAUAAGGCUCCCCUAGGAUCUUUUAUUGCUUUGGCUUCAGGGGUGCCCAAAUAGUAGCAUUAUGUGAAGAGUGCAGUUAGGACUGUGUGAUAAAGGCUUCCCACCGGGUGGGAGCCGGGGGAAUAUUGCAAACUGUGGUGAGCACUGAGCUAGGCAGUCUAGACGAACCCUUAGGAAGAACAACUUCAUUCAGAUCUAGUCCUUCAGGGACCACUCCCCAGUCCCCAUUUCAAGUUGGCUUUGGGAAAUUCAAAACACGGGCUUCCGACUUGGUGAUCGCUUCCACCCUAUGCUCAGAAUUCUGCUUUUCUGGACAAUCUCAGGUUCUCAGAAUUGAAACAUUCAUCUGUGGCUUCUGACAAAAUGCAGCCUAAAAAUGUUUUAAUUCCACUUCUUACUCUACACGUGUAUACCUCUUUCCCAGAACCUGGUUCUUCCUGAAACUCUUGACUGAGUUUAUUCGCCAAGAAUAGGGACGGAUGAAGACCAUGUCAGACUCCUCUAUUCUAGAAUCCGUGAGUGCCUCCAACCAUAUACCCACAAAUGUUGCAAUAGAGGAACUCAUUCGCAAGAUCAAUAACCAUUGUGCAUAUUCCAAAGAGAGCAGAGCACUUAACCCAGAAUCUAAAAUCUCAGUAAUAACAGAGACGACGGAUUCGAGAUUGUGGUUAUUAACAAUAUGUUAUUCUCAUGACUUUCUUUUUUUCAGCCAGGUGUUUCAUUAAAUAUUCUCAUUUAUAUGCUCAUAGAAGUCAUCAAGUCAACACAUUGACUGCAACACCUGGGUAUAAAGGAGAAUGAAAGCCUCAAGAAGAAUCACUUUAUUAUUCAUUAAGAACAGCAUUCCCACAUCCUCACACCGAUAUCUCCCACUGUUACUGUGUUGUCAUAAGAAGAGUUGGGUUAUGUGAUUUAUGCAAAAUUGUUAUUGGUGCAUUCUAGUGCUUUUUUUCCCCCAGGAAUUCAAGUAGCACCCUAGAUGAUGAAAAUAGAGGAAAUGAGUAAACAUAAUGUAGUUCUUACACAGUUUAGUUUUGUUUCUUUAUAAACUGUCAUAAUCUUGCUGUUUUGACUGUCGAACAAGAGUGCAAGAGUGAUGGAUGUUCAAAGAGGCAGGUUGCCGCAAAGGGUUUCAUAAUUUUGAAAUCAAGAAUUAAUUUUAUGGUCUAUUCAAAAAAAACACAAAAUCUCUCUUCUUUAUGCCCCUCAAAAGCAGAGAAAGCACAUCCAUUUAUGCAUUUCAGAGAUACAAAUACUUUCUCAAAACCAGGUUCUCAGAAAACCAAUAUAUUAACAGUUCUGUUGUAGGAUGAAAAUUUAAACCAGCAAAUCCUAGCACAUUUGAUACCUGGUCUUGGAAGUCUUGGUGGUGUGUCACCUCUCCACUAGGUGGCAGUGUUGCGUACUGAGUGUCAAUGGCUUUUAUUUCCCCCCACAAAUGGAAUCCUGUUUUUUCCCCAAAGUACAAUAAAGCUGCCUUCUUGUCUGCACCA